GGAAUAAACAAAAACUGAAUUAUAUUUACUCUGGCAACAUUGAUCUACUUGCUAUCGGUUCGUAGACUCGUUGCAUCAUCGAUUUAGGCAUAAUGGCUGAGAAGAUCAUUCCUGUGGUUAAGGCCGAUGAGGGAGAAGAAGAACUGGUCGAUCCCCAGAAGGAAUUGAGGGAGACCUGCUCCCAAAAGCCUGAUGCACAAAACCUCUGGGACAAGUACCAGGAAUGCUCAGACCGAGUCAACUCUCGCUCCAAGACCACAGAGACGUGCGAGGAGGAGCUCAUUGACUACCUCCAUGUCCUCGACAAGUGUGUCACCAAGGACCUCUUCAAGAGGCUAAAGUAAACAUCUAGAAAUAAGUUCUGCCCUAUCGCAAAACAAAUUAGAUUUUAUUUUCAAGGAAUGUUCUGUCAAUACCUUGGUGUCUUGCUGGUGCAGAAUGUUAGUGUUUUAGUAAAUUAUUUUAACAUGUUCAAUGUGGAAGAACGUUAAUGUUGUUUAUUUGUAAAUAAAUAAUCAGUUAAAUAA